GGCCAGCACAGGCCUGUCACAUGAACCUUGGUGAGAAGAGCUUGGCAGGCGAGUGGGACAGCAAGGGGCGGGCUGGGCCCUCACAGGCAGGGCAGGGCCCGCUCAGCCAAUCAGCUCCAGCUGCAGACCUGCCAAGCGGAAGUCCGGCUGGGCUCCCGGCUUUGGGCUGGGAAUUGUGGGAGGAGGGGCCCAGACCCGGCUGGAGACACCUUUUUAUGUUGAAACCCCAGGAACCAGCCCUCCAUCUGCCCAAAGGAACAGUGGCGUGUGGCAUUUCUCCAGCUGCUGCCCAAGGGUCAGGAGAAGCCCUUGCCCCUUGCCUUGCCUCUGACCAGGGGGGUGUCCAGGCCAGGCCUGCCCCAGCGUUUAUGAGUCAGGGGCAGCAAAUCUUUAACUUGACACAUUGAUCAUUAACAUGGGGUAAGAAGGAGUCUGAGCUCAGCCUCACUUGAGGGCAGAGACCAGCUGGGCCUAGGGCCUCCUGUGGAGAUGCUGGUCCCCCAAGUCUGGUCCUCUGUGAGGCAAGGGCUGAGCAGGGGCUUGUCCCGGAAUGUGGGGGGCCGGCCGUCAGGGGAAGGGAGGAAGGUGGACAUUUCGGGUAUUUACCCCCCAAUGACCACCCCCUUCACUGCCACCGCAGAGGUGGACUAUGGGAAACUGGAGGAGAAUCUGCACAAACUGGGCACCUUCCCCUUCAAAGGCUUCGUGGUCCAGGGCUCCAAUGGCGAGUUCCCUUUUCUGACGAGCACCGAGCGCCUGGAGGUGGUGAGCCGUGUGCGCCAGGCCACGCCCAAGGACAAGCUCCUGAUCGCUGGCUCCGGUUGCGAGUCUACUCAAGCCACAGUGGAGAUGACCGUGAGCAUGGCCCAGGUCGGGGCUGAUGCUGCCAUGGUGGUGACCCCUUGCUACUAUCGUGGCCGCAUGAGCAGUGCUGCCCUCAUUCACCACUACACCAAGGUUGCUGACCUCUCCCCCAUCCCUGUGGUAUUGUACAGUGUCCCAGCCAACACAGGGCUGGACCUGCCUGUGGAUGCAGUGAUCACUUUGUCCCAGCACCCAAAUAUCGUGGGCAUCAAGGACAGCGGUGGUGAUGUGACCAGGAUUGGGCUGAUUGUUCACAAGACCAGGAAGCAGAAUUUCCAGGUGUUGGCUGGAUCGGCUGGCUUCCUGCUGGCCAGCUAUGCCUUGGGAGCUGUGGGGGGUGUGUGUGCCCUGGCCAAUGUCCUGGGGGCCCAGGUGUGCCAGCUUGAGCGACUCUGCCUCACAGGGCAAUGGGAAGAUGCCCAGAAGCUGCAGCACCGACUCAUUGAACCAAACAUUGCGGUGACCCGGCACUUUGGCAUCCCAGGGCUGAAGAAAGCCAUGGAUUGGCUUGGCUAUUACGGUGGCCCCUGCCGUGCCCCACUGCAGGAGCUGAGCCCCACUGAAGAGGACACGCUGCGCAUGCAUUUUACCAACAAUGGCUGGCUCUGAGAGUGAGGUGGGAAUAGGCCCAGCCUGAGGCCAUCCCAGCCUCCAGCCUUGCACCUGCCACCUGAAGGGGUGCACAGAGAAGCUGGGGGUUAGACGUGCCUUUCCCCGUCCAGUCCUCCAGGUGGCCUCUCACCAGGCACCACCACUCACAUCUCCUCACAGCCCCAUGACUUCUCAUCAUUGUAUCUAAAUUCUGUGUCUCUAGAGCCCCUUAGUCUAGGAAGGAGCAAUCUGUCUCUUUGCUGUGGAUGCUUUCCUAUCCCCCAAGAUACAGGAACCAGGAGCCAGAGGGAAAGGAUGGGGUGGGCACAGUACAGAAGUUUGUGUUUCGGAAGGGAAGAUUACUUGGGCUUGGCAAUACAAAUAUGAGUAGCACAGCACAGCUGGAAGCCAGGGCUACUCCUAAGAGCCCAAAUUCUGACUUCUUCCAAGGAAGUAUGUAGGUCAGGAAACUUGAUCAGGAAAGUGUCACUGGUCUUUGAAAUGCUCCCAAGCUGCAUUCCAGCCACACUGCCCUUUCUUAAAUCUCUAUUUUCUCUCAGCUCAUAUUCUUGUCUCUAGCCUUGGAUCCUAACCAUUGAAAAUCUAGGAGAGCACUGAGACAGCCCAGCAGCUUGCUAGAAUUGUUAAAUAAUGACACCUGGUGGAUAAACGGAAACCCUGUUGGCAUAGUGGUUAAAUGCUAUGGCUGCUAACCAAAAGGUCAGCAGUUCAAAUCCACCAGGCACUCCUUGGGAACUAUAUGAGGCAGUUCUACUCUGUCCUAUGGGGUCACUAUGAGUUGGAAUUGACUUGGUGGCAAUGGGUUUGGUUUUCGUUUUUUGGUGGAUAAAUGUUAGUCUAGAACCUCAUUCUGGCCAGCCUGGGUCUGAAACACUAGAGAAGGGAACUUGGCCUGAGGCAGGACCAUUCUCUUAUCUAUAGGCACUCUGCUUUUAUUGUUAAAAAUAAUUACUUCAUUACUGCAAUAAAGUUUAGUAAGUACAACUAGUGUGGCUAUGUACAGAUCAACACUCCACUGCUGUGCAGAUUGCAAGGCCUGCCCCUGCAAGUUUCCUGCCCAGAUGCCAAGAACCUUGCAGUAAAGGCAAUUCAGCUCUCAAGGUCUGCUUAGUCCCAGCCCUGAUACAGGCCCUAUCAAUACUGAGGAAACAUAGGCACUAGAUUCCUGGUGGUCUAGGGGAAGGCUUAUGAAGGUUCUGAAAGGGAAAGGAAAGAGGCAAAAGGUUCAAUUGAGAUAUUUAGAAACACUUAGCACCUUAAUCAAAAAGGCCACUUUCUUCAAAAUGCUUAACCCUUUUUAGUGAUGUGACUAGUGUCAGGAAAACUGAGAUGAAUGUUUUAAAAAUUACUCUGGUCAAAAAGAAAGUUUCCAAAACCAAAACCAAACUUGUUGCCAUCAAGUGGAUUCUGACUCACAGUGACGCUAUAGGACAGCGUAGACCUGCCCCAUAGGGUUUCCAAGGCUAUAAAUCUUUAUGGAAGCAGACCGCCACAUCUUUCUCCUGUGGAGCAUCUGGUGGGUUUGAACCACUGACCUUUUGGUUAGCACCCAAGCACUUAACCACUGCACCACCAGGACUCUCAAGAAAGCUUAAGGGGAGGUAAAUACACCUACUCCUCACUAAUCGACAUGGUUAGGUUCCAAAGACCCAGUCAUUAUGUGACAAUUGGCAUUAUGCAAAAAUGGAGGAUGACUACAUCAUUACAUAACUGUCAAAUCACUGAGAAUCAUGGACCAGCCAAGUUGACACAUAACCUUAACCAUCACAGCCAGUGUUAUUCUCGCCUUGCACCUUGCUGUUUGUUACUGCCAGCUGUACAUUGUUAAUGCACAAAAUAGUUAGAUAGUAGAUUUUUUACUAUUAUCAUAAAUGCAGAAUAUCAGAUAAUGAGACAGUCAAUAAGUGAGGACAGGGUGUAGAUCCUAAUUUAGGGCAAAGGUUAGAGGAAAGAAGAAUAUAAGGAGGUAUCAAUCUUCAAAUGAAACUGGGCAUCUGGAUGGCACUGAAACUUGGGAUUUAGCAGUUGGGCUCUUUUCACAGCAACAUCCAGAAAUUCUGCAGUGUCUACAGGACCUUGGGGAAACUUCUCCGAGCCUCAUCUGUAGUGGGAAAAUAAUACUUUCCCCACAGGGCUGUGGUGAGGAUUGAAUAGGAUCAUGCGUAUGAAAGAGUGAGCAUGGUAAGUGUUCCUCAUUAGCUGAUUUAGGGAAGUAAUACUCUACUGGCUGCUAAGAAAAUAAAAUCCCAG